UUUGGAAAUCAUUGGCACUUGGUUGAGAUCUUUGUGUGUCUUUGAAGCACCACUCACCCAUCACUCUCCCAUCAAGCUUCCACACUCAACGCGCCCAACACACAAAGGGGCACCUCCUUCCUUCGGUUUGCGGUUGUUCUUUCUCACAAUAUUUCAAGCGCUCCCCAGCCACUUGCGCUUUUGCCAGCUCUUGCUUCCAUAUUCUUCCUCCAUUUCAACUCAAGCCAAGCUAACACACCAUGACCAUGACGAGAAUGACACGACUUGCCCUUUCCGGGCAACGGCGCCUCAAGUUCCGCCAUUUCCGCUCUGUGACAUCGGCUGCUACCUCACUGUCGUCGGCGCAACCUUUGUUCCGCCACCACCAUCAACAGGGAGGAGACUCGAGCAGCUGGCUCACAGCAUCGGCCGUCGCCGCUGCCUCCUUGGGCUUGGCGACGCUUGGUUUAUGGCACGAGAAGAAGGGCACCCAAUGCGAAGCCAAUCCCAUGUUAAACCCCGGUUCGAAUGCAUCUACUGGUACCGAAACGACGACGACGCCCAUGGCCACUAGUGCCGGUCUGCUGGGUGAGGAUUCUUUGGCAUCGACCGUCUUGAACGGCGCUGGUAGCUCCAACUUUCUGUUGAAGCGCCGCAGCGGUCAACGGCGCAGCACCAAGUUCCAAGUCCUCAAGGGGUUGGAAGUCAAGGAAGAAGGAGAAAAGAUCCGUUUGGCCAAGUUCGUACGAGAGCUCCACGAGUUGGCGCAAGAACAGCAAAAGGAAGUACAGGAACGCAGUCUGGUACAACUCGUACGACGAUGUUCCACCGCCACACUCCUUCGGGAGACACUCUCGGUCCACGGCAUGAACCUGAACCGACUGACACAAUCGGAAGCUCAUCGGUUGGUGCAGGGUCUCCAACGAGAAGAAUUGCUGGAUAAAGAGAGUUUGACCAUGCUCAUUGAACAAGCCAUCGAUGUCCUCAAGAAGGAAGACACAUUGAUCGAUUUGCGAUCCACCAAGAGCAACCACAAGCAAGUCAUUGUCGUCGGUGAUCUACAUGGAUCUCUCAAGUGUCUCCGACGCGUAUCGGAUAUCGUGGGAGACAUGGGGGAUCCCGAAAAGGUGGUCGUCUUUGCCGGAGAUUUCGUCGACCGAGGAGAGAACAGCCUCGAAGUUUUCUUUACACUCCUCCUAUACAAACUAGUCUAUCCCAAGAACGUCAUCUUGCUACGUGGCAACCAUGAAGAUUCCAUGAUCGCCUCGGUCUACGGUUUUUGUGAUGAAAUUCGUGACAAGUACGGACCACGACGGGGUGCCAACAUUUUCAAGUCCAUGUCGGACCUAUUUGCGGCCUUGCCCGUCUGUGCCGUCACGGACACUUCCUUCAUCGUGCAUGGAGGUCUCCCCAGUGACAACUUUUCUCUCAGUCAAGUGGCCGAGAUUACUCCAGACGAACGAUGCAAGUUGCAUACCGUAAUGGAGUCCCGAAACGAACAUGAAAAGUUGUUGGAGGGCUUGAUCUGGAGUGAUCCAUCCGAUUUUGAUGGUGUAGCCGAAAAUGCACGUGGAUGUGGAAUCGAGUUUGGUCCGGAUGUUGUCAAAGACUUUCUCGAUCGACACAACUUGCAAUACAUCGUUCGUGGCCACGAACCCGCUGAAAUGGGAACACAGGUCAUGCACUGUGACGAUGACAAGGCAGUCAUCACCGUCUUUUCCACAGCAAACUAUCCCAAUGGGGAAGGAGAUAACCUUGGUGCGGUUGUAAGUUUGGAUCAGGAAGGCAACGCCAGUGCCAUUGACUUCCACUACGACGGAUCCAUCAACCAAGAAGACCCAGAAAAGGUCUUGCAAUCAAUUCUCAUUGAAAAGCGCAACGAACUUGUCAGCGCCUUUUCAGCCAUUCAACAACAAUCCAAUGGAACCGUCACACCACAGCAAUGGAGUCAAGUCAUGAAUGACACCUUGCAAAUCCCAGAUAUCCCCUGGGCAGACUUGCAAAGCAGACUGGCGCCAACGACAGCACCCAACGCCAUUGACUGGAGGCAUCAUCUAGAUCGAGUGGCACCGUGUGUAUCCAAUGCCUUGGAUGGCGAUCAGGUAACCAUUCUCAGCUCCAAUCCGGAACAAGUCAAGAAUAUGUUUCAACUCUUUGAUGCAGACGGCAGUGGAUCAAUUGAUCGCCAAGAAUUCUACUUGGGCAUUGAAAUGCUUAACAAGAGGUUACUGCCUUCAGACAAGCAGAUUACUGACCACGAUGCGCUGUUCGACGCCUUGGAUUUGGAUGGCAAUGGUGAAAUCGACAUAGCAGAACUCAACCAAGGAAUGGCUCAAUCAGCCGCCUUUACAAGCAUUUCUUCGUCUCUGGACGAUAAGCAGGUAUCCAACCUGAAGGAACACAGCGAAAUGCUCCUGGUUGUGUUCAAAUUUCUGGACACGGAUGGAUCCGGGUCAAUAGACAGGUGUGAGUUUCGCACUGGCAUCAACCUGCUGAACAAGCGUCUUCCCAAGGGUUCUCAGUUUGACGAUGCGGACAAAUUGUUUGAUGCAUUGGAUUCGGACGGUUCUGGGGAUAUUGACAUCACUGAAUUCAAUCAAGUGUUUUCACAGCUCAAGUAGACUAGGGUGCAAAAGCCAUCCUGUCCUCUUCCCCGCACAGCAGGCCACGCUGUCCUGUUCCAUUCCAUCCUUAGAAUUUUAUAAUAGUCUAGUGGUCUUUUUGAUGCCAUUUCAC